AUGAUGGACAAUAGAAGCUACUCUAAUCUGCCAGAAAAACUGCCUGUCUUCUCUGAGUCUGCCCACUUGCCUCUGACCAGGUCUUUCUACCUGGACCCCAUGGUCACUUUCCACUUGUACCCUGAGGCCCCGGUGCCGUCCCCUUACUCUGAAGACCUGCCAUUGCUGCCCUUUGCCAGUGACUCACUGGUCGUGGACAGUUACAGUGAACCCGGCCCCUUCUCCUUCCCGAUGCCUUAUCCCAACUACAGAAGGUGUGAGUACUCCUACGGGCCCUCCUUUAUCCGGAAGAGGAACGAACGGGAAAGGCAGCGGGUGAAGUGUGUCAACGAAGGCUAUGCCCAGCUCCGACACCAUCUGCCAGAGGAGUACCUGGAGAAGCGACUCAGCAAAGUGGAAACCCUCAGAGCUGCAAUCAAGUACAUUACUUACCUGCAGUCUCUACUGCACCCUGAUAUGGCCGAGACCAAGAAUAUCCCUGGGAAAAGUUCCACCAUAAUAGCAACCGCCAGCCGCAACACUGACCCCAUUUUCAGAAUCAUUUGA